AUGGGUCAAUCAGAAGAAGCCUCGGAUACCGUGGCUCUAUCCACGAUGCCCAAGAAAGAUGACAUCGUGUUCCCAAGCACCUUCACAAUUCGCCCUCAAGAUGAUUCAAAAACCAAGUUCAACAUCAGAGGAGACAGUGGCUCUUCACCUUUAUCAAUCACCUGCGAAUACAAUUCCUCGAGAGGAUCGAUGGACUGGGAUGCGGAGGAAGCCACCUUAUAUCUCAUCUCCGGUCAAGGUCAACGCCUGGCUACGAUUAAGCAUUAUGGAGGAUACGCCAACGCCACACUCCACGACUACUGCGAGUUUAGAAUCAGCUACACCGUACAAGGCGAUCAGACCGCGGUGCAUCAAUUCUCGAUACCCCAAAUCGGUCAUUUUGAGUGGCGAAAAGGCGAAUCGGGAUGGGAACUGGUCCAGCCUGCCGAGCCCAGCCUAGUGUUAGCGACGGGAGCUCUCAAUGUUGGCAGCAACAAGCCUCCGCGUUUUGCCAUGGCAGAGAUAGGGUCGAGAGCAAAUUUUGGGGAGCAUUGGGAGCUUGUGGCCAUUGUGUCAUAUCUGAGAGUGUGGGAUAGGAUGCGGCUUGCUUUUGGGAAUCCAGAAGGUGAUGAGGCGGCCAUGGUUGCGUGUGCUUGUUGUCUAUGCGUAAUUUUGUAA